UUCUAUGGGGACUGCCUUCGGAAGGAGGGAGCGGGAGAGCCACUAGCUCUGCCCGCUCAGGCCGAGGAUGAUUAUUACAACAUGGAUCAUAUACAUUCUCAUCAGGAAGCGCUUGGGUUACCCCUUCCCCCCACAGAUCAGUCCAGAUGUUGAAGUCGUUGAGUCUGAGGCUUUGACAGUGGUGCAACACUGGCUGAGAAAGGCCGAGGAAGAGGCUUCCCAGAUCAUCAAGAAGAAGCUGUCCAGUGACUCUCCAGCCCAAACCCGUGAUGCACACGUGUCCAGAGACGGCAUGGGAGGCCACAUGUCUAAAGAUGGACAGGAAGUGAAACACCACACCUCCAAAUCCAACAUGGUCGCUGCCCAGAGUCGAGAGGUCCUUGAGGAGAGAACCAGGAUUCAGUUCAUCCGAUGGAGUCAUACCCGUAUCUUCCAAGCCCCCGGCGAGCCGAAAGAGCAGGUGAGAUCCAGCCACACCCAUGUCAUCCCAGUCCCAAGUGAGGCGAGAGACCAGGCAAUGCGAGAGAGAAUAGAGCAGGUGAGACGCAGCGUGUCUCACAUGAUGGUUGAAGCUGUUGUUCCUGAUACCCGGACCUCCAUCAGAGCCCCGUUCUCAGAUUGCUAGGAGAAGCAGUCCCAAGGCCCAUCCAGAAGUUGCCUGUGCUGGAAUUCCUCAUGUCCAUGAAGUUUGCCCGGCAUGGAACAGCCUGGGGUUGGGGAAUCCAGCUGGGAAGCCUGUUACUUACGAAGAGAACAGCUGGAUCUUCUCUUUAAACGGCCAAUAAAGAGACACGGUACCUAG